AUAGAUAAGAUAGAGGCAGGAAAGUGGAAAGUUUUUCUUCACUGGCAGGUGAGACUAAAACUGAAGGGUGUAGCCUCAAUAUUCGAGAAAGUAGAUUUAGGACGUCAAUGAGGAGGAAAUGCUUUUCCCAGAGAGUGGUAAAUCUGUGGGAUUCUCUGCCCAAUUAAGCAGUGGAGGCUACAUCAGUAAAUUUAUUUAAGACAAGGUUGGAUAUAUUUUUGCAUAGUAGGGGAAUUAAGGGUAAUGGGGGAAAAGCAGGUCGGUGGAGAUUAGUCCAUGGCCAGAUCAGUCAUGAUCUUAUUGAAUGGCAGUCCAGAACUCAACGGGCCAGAAGGCCUACUCCUGUUCCUAUUUCUUAUGUUCUAGUAGGGAAGGGACGGUCGAUUCCCGUGGGUUUGCUAAGAGGAAGUGGAGAAAACGGCGAGGCCUGUGUAACAGUUAAUCCCGAGCAGCCAGGGGAACCCCAGGAAGCCACAUGCGUUACAACAGCCCAAAUGGUUUUAAUGAAAGUAAUAGAAAACUGCGUGUCGCAAUAAUUGUGUAAAUUGAUAGGAAAAGAUAUUGCAUGGUUCUUGUGAAUGUUUUAUUAUGAAUAAAGUGUAUUUUAAUUAUGAGAAAUGUAUCUUAGAUGAGAUACCGGAGGGACUCUACAAGUUAGGCAACAUUUGGAGAAGGAAAUGGCAGCCAAAACUUCGGGUCGAGAUCCCUGAUCUGGAAUAUCAACUGUCUGUCUCUAUUUCAGGACAUGUCCCUUUCAGUCCUGCUUUACACCGAACCAGGCUCUUCUCCCCAGAUUCACCUAUAUUCAGACCUGUUUAAAGUGGUUUUGAUCACAAACUGAUGUGGAGAUGACGACGAUUCCUUCCCACUGAACAGCAAAUGAACAGUCACUCCCUGAGACUGCAGCGCGUCUAGUGGACAAUCGCGGUACUGCAGGGUUUAGCAUCUCCCUGAAAGUAAAAGGAUCCUGAACCCGGAAGUACGGAGAGUUAACAUGGCUUCGAAAGAACAGGUUGAGAGUUUAACUGAGGAGGUAAUCUGCCCCGUCUGCCUGGAUUUCUUCACCGAUCCGGUUAUACUGGAAUGUGGACACAACUUCUGCCGCUCCUGCAUCACACGGUGUUGGGAAAUGGAGGAGAGAAACUCUUGCCCGGAAUGUAGAGAGGAGUUUGCGGACCGCACCUUCAAAGUUAGUUGGGCCUUAGCAAAUCUGUCUGAGAAAGUUCGAAAACUAAACCUGAAUCCAAUAGACAAUGAAAGGAAACUUCACUGCAAGGAACAUGAGGAAGAACUGAAGCUGUUUUGUGAGACGGACAAGACACUGAUCUGCCUGAUCUGUGCGACUGCGCGGGAACACAAGUCUCACAACUUCAUGCCGGUUAAAGAAGCCGUUGAAGUUUAUAAGGGUCAGGUUAAAUCUUCCUUAGACUCUCUCACAAAAAGGAAAUCAGACUUCGAGGAAAUGGAGCAUCAACAGAAAGAGAAGAUUUCCGGAGUUCGGGAACAGUCACAAAGUGUUCAGUCCCACAUCACUUCCUAUUUUGCUGAACUGCACCGCAUUUUUCUUGAGCGAGAGCAGCGUGUACUCAGAGAUAUCAGGGAAGAAGAGGAGAGGAUUCUAAAUCCAAUGGAGAAAAAUCUUCAAGUGAUUCAAGAAAAUCUGAAUUCUAUUCAACAGGAAAUCUUGAGCUUACAGGAAUGGAUCAAUCAGAAAGACAGUGUGAUAUUUCUCAAGGAGGAAGCUUGUCAGAAGUGGAGGAUCAGUGAUGAUGCCCAGACAUUGUCAGUAACAGACGGUGCCCUACUGGUUGAAAAAUUCCAUCACCCCUAUUUGUUCAACACAGCAUUGGGAGAAUUGAUUGACGGCAUUAAGCGAGUCUCUGUCACCCUGGAUGUGGAAACGGCGAAUCCGUGGCUCGAGGUGUCUGAGGAUCGGAAGAGUGUGAGAUUGACCGAGACCCGGAGGAAUCUCCCUGACACCGGGAAGAGGUUCACAGUCUGUGAAUGCCCCCGCUCCCAGCACUCAUCGGAAGGGGAUGUAGGGUCGGAAGGGGAUGUGGGGUCGGAAGGGGAUGAGGGGUCGGAAGGGGAUGUGGGGUCGGAAGGGGAUGAGGAGUCGGAAGGGGAUGUGGGGUCGGAAGGAGAUGUGGGGUCGGAAGGGGAUGUGGGGUCGGAAGGGGAUGAGGGGUCGGAAGGAGAUGUGGGGUCGGAAGGGGAUGUGGGGUCGGAAGGGGAUGUGGGGUCGGAAGGGGAUGUGGGGUCGGAAGGGGAUGUGGGGUCGGAAGGGGAUGAGGAGUCGGAAGGGGAUGAGGGGUCGGAAGGAGAUGUGGGGUCGGAAGGGGAUGAGGGGUCGGAAGGGGAUGAGGGGUCGGAAGGGGAUGAGGGGUCGGAAGGGGAUGAGGGGUCGGAAGGAGAUGUGGGGUCGGAAGGGGAUGUGGGGUCGGAAGGGGAUGAGGAGUCGGAAGGGGAUGUGGGGUCGGAAGGAGAUGUGGGGUCGGAAGGGGAUGAGGAGGGGGAAGGAGAUGAGGAUUUGGAAAAUCUCCGCCAGGUUCUCUUCACCCCGCCUCUGAAAGGUUUCGUAGGCCCGGCCGGGGUUGCAGCCUUUGCCCGAGGAGCAGCUCCCAGCGCUCUGCGAACCGCGGUGCUCACGCUUCAACCAAUCAGAGACGGCCGCUCCACAGCCGGGACACCGAUUGGGUGUCAGUGUGUCUGGGGGCGGGAGCGAGAGAUGCCAGUCGGACGGAAUGCGGAGUUUGUUGUCUUGUGGUUUGAAUAA